GCUCCCGAGGGCGGGACGGAGCUGUGGGCCGCUUGUCGUGGCGGCGCGGCGGCCAGGACGGCGGUCCAAGACGCCCGCCCAGCAGGUCCAGCAAGGCCCACAGAGCGGGAAGCAGGCUGAAGAUGGAAUUCCCCUAUCAUGAGAGUGAUGUAGUUGUGGAGAGAUACCUGGCGGAGUUGGAGGAGUCUGUGCCCCAUGUCCAGCUUGCCUGCAGCACACAGUACUGUGCCUUCCCUUGGCAUGGGAGCCAGCUCUGUGUGUGGGACCCCAGGGAUCCCCCGCACCAGCAUUUAUUCCUACAAGGACACCAUUAUCCCAUCACUGCCAUAACUUUUGGAAAUAAACCGGACCCACCUUUAAUCUGUUCUGCAUCACAGGAUUAUGUUAUAAUGUGGAACCUGGAUGAAUGCAGAAAGAAGAUUCUUCAAGGGCUGACUCCUCAAGGGGCUGUUGUUGGCACCCUUCUGGGAAGAGUACUGUGUGUGAGGUUUGGCCCUGGUGACCGCUCUGUUGCAGUGUGUGCUGGAAGCAAAGUCUUCAUGCUGGACGUGGAGACGCAGUCUGUGCGGGUGGUACUGCAGGGCCACGGUGGCCCAGUGACAGCAGUGGCGUUCUGUCCCUGGCAAGCAGAAGUGCUCAUCUCAGUGUCUGAAGACAGGAGCUUUAAGGUCUGGGACCAUUGUAUGGGAUCAUUAAUAUACAGUUCAUCCAUUUUAACAGCGUACCCCCUCCUAAGUCUUCUCAUCCAUGGGGAAAGCAGGCAGCUUGUCACCGGGUGUGCUGAUGGCCAGCUUCAGAUCUUCAGUUUGAUUGAAGGAUACCAUUAUCGCCGUGUGGCAUGUGUACACUUAAAGAAGAAAAGUGAGACCUUCUCCACCAGAAGGGGAAAGCCUGGACCACACAAACUGCCAGGAGGGGGCUGGCAGCUGCGUGGGAAGGAGGCGGACACAGAAGAGGCUGAAGCAGCACUGCCAGUCCUCACUCUUUCUCACUGCGCACUUCCGCACGCCCUGGCAGCAGAGCCUGGCACAUGCAUCUCUGGUAGUGCUGAGUGUGUGUGGAUCGGAAGCCCGGUUGGCUUAUUUGUGUUUAACUUGGCAAACUUGGAAUUAGAGGCUGACUUACGCUUCAAGGAUUUUCGGGGCCUGAGCAUCCGGGUUGCCGGGUCCUGUGCGGUGGUGAGCGACGGAGUCGGUGACAAGGCAUUUUGUGUACUCACGUCCAUGUUUGGGAGUCAGGGUGCGGUGUUGGAAAUCAGCCUGUCCAUGCUGCUGCACUCACAGCAGUGUCUCUGGGAGGGGCCAGUGCUGUCCGUGCUGCCCAGCUCCUGUGUCCUACCCACUUCUCCACUGCAUUUUGGAAUUUCUAAGGAAAAAAGUCUCAAGGCUGCUAAUCAAAAACGACCUGCAAAGCAGAGAGUUGUGCAGGACCAGCCCCUGGUUUUCCACACUAAGGUCAGGUCGUCUGGAUACGCAUCAGCACCCCGUGUAACCAUGUUUUCACCAAAGACUAACAUCAAGCACGGUGACAGAAAGUCUUCAACAUGCAAGAACAAUUACAAAUGGGAGGACUACCCUCUGGAGAGCGGUAUACCACACAGACUCAGCAGGCAGGUUGCUGUGGCCUCGGAGCCGGUUGCUGUGAGCUGGAUCCAGUACUCCGGAGACGGACAGCGGUUGGCCUGUGCCUUAGCCAAUCAUCUUUCCCUGCUCUUUGACGCCAGCCUUACAGGAACCCCAGCUGCUCUGUCAGGUCACGAUGGAGCCGUGAACAGGGUCUGCUGGAGCCAGGACGGGAGGUGGCUACUCUCCACAGCCCAGGACCGGACCUUGAGGGUGUGGUCGGCCCGCAGGGCGGAGCUUGUGCUGCUCUUGGGCAGAGACAUGUUUCCCAAGCCAGUCCAGUCCGCGCAGUUUUACUACAUGGACACAUUCAUGCUGUUAGCGUCUGGCCCUGAGCUCCGGCUCCUGAAGGUUCACCUCGAUCCUCACAGAGAUGAGAUGAAAAGGUAUAAGCCAAAGAGCUGGUGCCAGGCCGUGCAUUGCUGCUCCAUGGCAGGCUCGGCAGAUGUGACCAGCUUGUCAGCAGUGAAUGACUUCUACUCUUACUUGGUGCUGACAGCCGGCAGAGACAGGACUUUGGAAGUUUUUGACCUCAACAUGGGCUGCAGUGCUGCGGUGAUCACAGAAGUUCACUCCCGGCCCGUCCACCAAAUUUGUCAAAACAAAGGCUCGUCAUUUACCACGCAGCAGACCCAGGCAUACAAUCUUUUCCUGACCACGGCCAUCGGUGACCCCAUCAGACUGUGGGACUUGCGGACCCUGAGGUGUGAGCGCUGCUUUGAAGGAUGCCCAGAUGGAGGCUUCCCCUGCGGCAUGGCUUUCAGUCCCUGCGGACGGUUUGUGGCCUGUGGCGCGGAGGACAGACACGCUUACCUGUAUGAAAUGGGCAUAAGCACCUUUUCCCACCGGCUGCCAGGACACUCGGGCACUGUCACCACGGUGGCCUUCAACCCUGCAGCCCCUCAGCUGGCCACGGCCACCUUGGAUGGAAAGCUUCAGCUUUUUCUGGCUCAGUGACGGCUGACCAGUCAGUGCCAGAUGUGAGAAGACAUCUCGAGAGUGAGAGCGCCUUCCAGCCUCUCUGCAGGCCUCUGCCUCCUGCACCCUCCUCAGUGAGCUUUCCUGGUCCUCAGGAUCUUAGUUGGGAAGUGGAACUGGCACCAGGCCCUCCGCACAGACGUAUGCUG